GAAUUAUUUUCGUGGCGCAUUAACGAAAGGAAGCCAUGCAAGUGGAGCACUGGGGCGCCUUGCCCGAUGACGAUGAGGAUCCCGAGGACCUCUCCGACAAACUGGUGCCCAUAUAUGCCAAGAAGCUCAUGCUGGAGGAGAUACGCCAGCGCGGUGAACUUGAACCGGAGGAGAACGAGCAUAUAGUGGAGCUGAAGAGUUCCCUCGUCACCCAGACCAUCGAGGUGAUGAAACAAACGGAGGUGCUGCAGUCCCUCAUCGACACUUACUCCAACAAAAACGGAUCUUCCAAUUACCUGCUCAAUCCAUGUCAAAUGAUACCUGAGGUGGACUUUCCGCCAGAAAACGCUGCCGACCUGGUCGGGGAGCAAAAGUUUCAGAAGCCCAUCUGGUUCAUCCCCACCGCGGACACAUCGUACUCGCGUGGCGAUCCCCAGCACUAUCCGGAGAUAUCGAGCAACACCUGCCGCCAAGCCUUGCGCAAGGUCAUGUGUGGAAUGUUGCGCCUUGCCGGCUUCACCGACUGCUCGGAGUCGGCCAUCCAGUUGCUGACCGAUGCCAGCGAGGAGUUCCUGCGCAGCUUCAUCUGCGAGUAUCGCGCCUGCUACGAUGUCGAUCCCAAGACACGGAAAUCGACGGAGCUGCAGCUGCUGCCGCUCGAGCGUGCCCACUCGGCGCUGACGGGGACAUCGCUGACGCAGGUGCACAACUACUACAAGCACAAGGUGAUCACGAGGAAUCGCGUCGAGAUCGGGGAGUUCAACAGUGUCCUGCAGGACUACGACCAGCUUAUGAAGGAGAGCCAGAGCAGCAUGCAGCGGCAGCAGGAGUUCAAUAGUAACGACUUCCUCAACAUACUCGACAACAGCACGACGGGCAGCAACCAGAGCAUGGGCAACAUUGUGGGCGAUAUGAUGCAGGAUCUCGGAGGCUCUAGCAGCGGCGGCCUCUCCACUAUGACCAUUGGCAAUGUCUCCCAGCAGCAGAUGCUGUACGGGCUGCUCGACUGCCAAGUCUCUACCUCAUCCUCCAAUGUUCCCAGCUCCAGUAGCCUGGGGACUGGGAAUGCCAGCAAUGGCAACGGCAGCACUGGCAAUGGCAGCAGCAGCAGUGCCGGCUUCCAAACGAACUUCGACUCGUAGUUACAAUCAAAAAACAAUCAGAAUAAAAACUUUUCUCAUUUAUCUACUA